AUGGUUCAAGGCAGGUUGAUGAAUAAAAUUUCUGGAAAAUUUCCUGACUUUGGUGCUAUCUUCAUGUCAAAUGCAUCUACGAGGGAAGAGUGCCUCAAGAGAAAGCUCUUUGGUCUUCCAAUGUCUUCUGCUGACUUUGUUAAAGGAGUUAAGGUUGGAAUGAUCUUGUUUCUUUUCGAAUAUGAGAAGCGAGAACUUUAUGGAGUCUUCAAAGCAACUACUGAUGGUGAGCUAAAUAUUGUUCUGCAUGCAUAUAGAUCAUCAGGGAAGAAAUUUCCUGCGCAGGUAUUCAUCAUGUGGUUCUUGUUGAAGAGUACUAUGUAUUCUGCUUUACAUUUGUCCAGGUCAGAUUUACCACAAUCUGGCACUGCCAUCCUCUUCGGGAACAUGAAUUUCAGAUGGCUAUUAGAGAUAAUUACUUCACUACAAACAAAUUCAACUUUGGGCUGUCUAAAGAUCAGGUAUCAUGAGGCUUCACUUGAGAAAAGAGAAAUGGAGAAAGAUUGGUCCAAUCAUACUCAGAUUGGCAGAAAGAAACUGAAACAGGGUAUCGAUAGUGACUCACAAUCUAAUGGAGAGCCCCUAGCAUAUUCUGGUAAAUUGACUGUCGCAAAAGAUGAAUCUCAACUGUUAGAUUCUGGAGAUUCACAUACUACAUUAAAGGAAUCUGAUAGCAUGCACUAUAAUUGCCCAUGCUUUCCUGAAUCUCCUUGUAGCCAAAGGUCAUUACCAUUUGUUGCUGUUCACAGCUCUACUUCUGGACAGGAAUUGGGUCCUCAUCCUGACCAUGCUAUCCAAAGUCAGCCUGUUAGUGUUGGACAAGAGCUUCAAGAGUUGGAAACUCCAGGAAAUCUUGACAUUGAUCUUGGAGAUUACAUACCUUUGUUGCCCUCUGAUGAUUCUGACUCAGAUACCAGGGCUUCUCCAGAAUCUGGAUGUUUUAUGACAGAUCAAAUAGGUCUGCCUUUUUCUGCCUCAGAUCCAUAUGAGGAUACAUGGCACCCAGUUCCUGCUGCUUCUCCCAUCACAAAAGCAGGUGAUUUCUACAUAAAGGAGAACAGUUAUAGUUUAAAAUCCCCAGUAGAGAACUGCCAAGCAAAUGAGAAUUCUGAUUAUAUCAAUCAGUAUACAUCUGUCAGGGGUCUUUAUUCUGAUGCUUCAAACAACAGGAGCAGUGUGUUCUCACGCUUGAAUUUUUCAUCUGGAGUACAAGACAAAGAGGAUGAUACCAGAGUGGAAAAAUCAGCGCAUAGAACUAGAAAACAACAGAAGUGUGGUACCAGAGUGGAUAAGUCAGUUCAACAAAUCAUGGAAGAAUUGCAACAAAAGCAUGAUAAAUGGAAGAAAAUGGUGAGAACGACUAGAUCUGUUGAAAGGCAAAAUGAACACACUGUGAACACAAAAACAAGUGUGUUUUUGCGUUUGAAUAGCACUUCAGCACCUGAUGUACAAGAUAACUACAUUUCUACAAGGUUGCAAGAGAGACAUGACAAGCAGAGGAACAUGAGAGAAACUAAAUUCCCUGUUUCAGGUGGAAACAAACCUAGCGUGUUUUUGCGCUUGAGUAGGACUUCAGAACCCGAAGUUCACAACAAUGGCAUUUCUACAUUGUUGCAAGCAAGACGGAGACAUGACAAGCAGAGUAAGAUAGGAGAAACUGAAUGCCAUGCUUCAGGAAAAAAAUCUCACUCGCAAUAUAUGGUAAGUCCAAUUUGCCUUAAUAGUGAAAAUGAAGAAAUAGGCAAAAGCUUGACGGCUACAGACUCCGAUGGAGUAGAGCUGGAUAAUAAUACUAGUCCUGAUGUCACAAGGCCACUGAAGACGGACAAGCAUCACCACCUUCCAUCAAACAGCUUGCAAGAAGUAUACGAGAACCUGACCGAUAACAAAGGCAAAUCAGACUUUUAA